CGUCUGGGGAAUGACGUGUUUUGUUUACAUAGCGUUGCUAUAAAUAAAAACUGAUAGAGCGUCGUUCCCACCCUCCAGUAAGUUGGUAGCGUUGCUGUUAAAAGGUGAUUCUAAAGCUUAAAUUAUGGCAAGCAGGCCCGAAUCCAACGACAGACCUGAUGCUCCCUUUGGUCCACCUGAUUGUCCAUGGGAACCUAUGAGUUCUGAUUCACCAAUGCCUGAAUCUGUUUUUGACUGUGGUGGAAAGCUUAAUGGUGAAAAAGUAUAUGUUGGGCGGGUUUAUGACGAUGAGGAUAAAUCUUAUUUGAUUGGUACUGCUAUUCCUAGUAAAGGCCUCUGUACUUAUGUAACUAAAGAUUUGAAAGUUAAGACAAGUAAUAAUUACGAAAUACUUACUAUAUCAUGCGGUGAGCCUUUGGUAUUUAAACCAAAGGAUUGGGAAAGCAAUUUACUCUUUGUUGCUGGAGGCGACAUGGAUAAGUGUUUAUAUUGUGGUAGAGUAGUUGAGAAUGAUAACACAUAUUUUGGAUGGGCUGACAAGGAUGAUCAAACUGUUUACAUUCCACGAGACCAUGAAAGUAAAGUUCUUGAAGGCUACAAUAUCUUGAUUCAUCAGUAUCUUGAUCGUCUCUGCAUUUGCCCCAUGCCACCUCACACUCCUCCUUUUUAAGAUGUUUGUAAUUGAGACUUGUUCUUAAUUCUGUUCCUGGGCAUUUCAUAACAAUCGAGUUUUAUGUUUAUAUUGUACUGAAUCUAUUUAAAAGGAUGAUAUUGUUGAACACUAAAUAUCCAUAUUAAUUCUAAAUUGUAAAAUGACUGUUAUGAAACUUAAUACUAAAAAUGUUUCUACUUAUAGACAGCUUUUUAUAUAUAUUUUGUAGUAUGUAUAACUUUUAUGAAACAAAUGCACAGUUCCUAUAUAGCCUAUUUUUCAAUGUUUUGCAAACUUGUAAAGCUUGAUAUAAUAAACUUUUUUUUUAACAUGUCAA